AUGUCUGAUCUCACUGCCAAAGUUUCCAAAGACUCGCAAGGCUCCAUCGUUGUGGAUGGGUACGAAGCGCUCAAAUACAACUUCCACUACACUUCUCCUGUCUUCGAUGUCAACCACGCCAAGCUUGCCGAUAUCUACAAGAGGUGGGGAAGAGUUUUGAUUGUCAUGGACACCAUUGUCCACCCAAUAUACAAGGAACAGAUUGAGAAGUACUUCGCUCACUACAACAUCGCUAUCACUUGGAAGAUCGUGAAUGGUGGAGAACUUCACAAGACGCCGGACACCAUGCUUGAGAUCGUAGAUGCUAUGGAUUCUUUCGGUACUGUUCGAACUGAACCCACCCUUGUUAUUGGCGGUGGUCUCGUUACCGAUGUCGCUGGUUACGCUUGUGCCUCUUACCGACGAACAAGUAACUUCAUCCGAGUCCCAACCACUUUGAUCGGUUUGAUCGAUGCUUCAGUGUCUAUCAAGGUUGGAAUCAACCACAAGAAGCUGAAGAACAGACUGGGUGCCUACCACGCCCCUCUCCACACCUUCUUGGACUUCUCGUUCUUGAAGACCCUUCCUAUCGGUCAGGUCCGAAACGGUUUCGCGGAACUUGUCAAGAUCGCUUCAGUCGGUGACAAAGCUGUAUGGGAAUUGCUAGUCAAACACGGUAAAGAAUUGGUGGAAACCAGCUUUGGAUACAAGGAAGGAUCAGAUGGUGUCAGAGCUCCUGGCACGGAGAUCUGUCACCGGGGUAUUGAAACCAUGCUUGAGCUCGAAUCACCCAACCUCCACGAACUUGGCUUAGACCGAGUGAUUGCUUUCGGUCACACUUGGUCUCCUACCCUCGAAUUGACUCCUCGAAUCCCAUUACGACACGGACAUGCGAUCUGUAUCGACAUGGCUUACUCCAUCACCCUCGCUCACUCUCGAGGUAUCCUCAACGAUGCCCAACGAGAUGAGUGGUUCACUCUCGUUUCUUCUGUUGGUCUUUCCAUGGACCACGAUUUGUUCGAUGAUGAACUUAUCGCUGUUGCCACGGAUGCUAUCAAGAAAACUCGAGAUGGUAAACAACGAUUUGCCAUCCCCGAUAAGGAGUUCGGUAAAUGUCUUUUCCUGAAUGAUGUACCCAUCGAGGAGUUACAGUCCGUCCUCAAGGUCCACAAAGAAUUCGUCAAGUCUCGAUAUGGCUCCGGUGUCGGUAAAGAAGCUUAUGUUGAUGCCGGUGACCUCGGUGCUGAACCAGAGACCUACGCCAAGAGCUCAAACACUCAAAAGCCUGUUCCUGCCGAUGACUGCUGUACCGCCCAUAGCCUGAAACGAAAGGGAGUUAACGGUGAUCACACCAAGGCUGCCGCCGUCUCCGCUGGAGGUGUCCCAGUAGACGGUACUGGUAUCAUUAGGAAUGGAGUGAAUGGUACCUUGGUGCAUGCCAACUAG